AUGGUCAAUGAAGAAUCUACCAUUAAUUCAGUCUUGGAACGUCUUAUAAAAGUUCGAGAUGAAGGCAAGAGCCGUGUGGUUGAACUUACCAUGAUUAACGAAGAAAAUAAGAAGGCGCAAUUGUACAUCAUAUAUUCUGAUUUGAUUGUACCAGGCAUUUUUUUAGAAAUGGCUCAGGCCCCUCUUAUCUUGACUUCAAUUUCAGACUGCGGUAAACAAGACGCAGUAGUUGUUUGGGACCCUAUCCCAGGCAACCCUGUAGCGAGUUUCAACGGUGAAGUUGUGUCCCCGGGGACACUUGCGGUCUCUAAUGGUGUCAUUUUCUCUGCCGUAUCCCGAAAGCCUCUAAUUCAAGCCUGGUCUUUCAGGUCCAAUUCUUCCUUCAAGCGUAUUACAACUAAAGGUCCCGUUAAUGCACUCGCAUUCUCUGAUGAUGCUUACUUCAUGUAUGUGGCAAUUGAGAAGAGCGUUUAUGUGUAUCAGACUUGUAGUGGAUGCUUGAUAGCAAUACUUGAGGGCAGCCACAUGGCACCCAUCGAUGCACUUAUUGUUUCUCAGGCUCGCCUUCAUUCAGCUCUACCUCUGCCUCUUCUUCUCUCAUCAGAUACGUCUGGUCUUCUUGCUUGCUGGCCUGCCCUUCUCUCUCCUGACGACAACUUUAAUAUCGGUAAAACAGGCUCUAGUGAGUCGAGCAAAUCAUACCAUAAACCUCUUUGGUAUGUUGUUCAGGCCAGUCGGGGUCUCACUGCUUGUGCUUUUGUUGCCGAUGGCCGAAUGGUCGCAUGUGCCGGAACAGAUGGCCUCAAGUUGUUUGCAUCGGAGACCGGUAAGCUAUUUUACAGUACCCUUCUGGAGUCUCAACCUCUACUGUGCAUUUGUGCACUACCGCAAGAUGAUCGGUACAUUUUCGCAGGAACGGACAAUGGUAUCCUGCACUCCGUUUGGCUUCGUGAUCCAAUGGAUCCUUCUUCUUAUCAAGUUUCACUUCGAAGAUGUUUUACUGAUUCUGAGUGCUCUUCCACAGAAAAGGCAAUAAUAAGUGUUUGUGCUAGCCCGAUCGAUUGCGGUUUCCCUCUUCUCGUUGUGAGCACACGAGGGUGUCUCGUGGAAGUUCUUCGUCAGGACUCCACUCUUAUGCGUUUGCAGUGCUUCUCCUUGUCUCCCUCAACUGGUAUUGCUCCUCGUUUAACAGGUAUCAUGUUGGUGCCUCGCCCCUCGUGGUUGUUAGAUGCCCAGUCAACAUCGGUGGGAGAGAAGUCUACAGAUAAUAUACGGACAAGGGAUAGAGAUGCUCUUGACACCAUACAGCCCAUCAAAAGAUACGUGGGUUGGCAACCGGACGAUAUUCUCCACAUACAAUUAUCAAAUAAUAAGCGUCAUCGAUUGGCUAAGCCUUAUCUGGAAGAUGUAUACCACGAUGCCUUCCCUAGAUCAAAAGUUACCUUACCUACUGUAUAUGCCCCUACAAAAGCCACAAUUAACUUCAACAAGGCGGCGGAUGGUGCUAUUGGAGAUGGAGCGGAGUAUUCGACUGAGUUGUUGGCGUUGAAGAGCGAGAAUGAGGCCUUGCAGGCCCGGAAUGGAGAACUAAUGCGCAUUCUUGCGGCUAAUUGCUUACAUUAUUGA